CCCCACCGGCGCGAAGUGGUACGGCCCUCAGGGGCGGGGCCCAAGUCAUGUGACUCGGCAGCGGCCGCCAUUUUGUUCUGCGGUGCUGGUAUUUAGAGCACAGCGGCUGACGCGCCGGAUUGCCUUCGCAGCCGCCUCAGCGCUCGCUUCGCGCACCUCGCCGCCUGCCGCGCUCGGCCCGGCCUCGUCCCCGCCUCGACCUGCUGAGCUCGCCCCCUCCCCACCCGCAGACAUGUCCGAGGCCAAGAGCGGCCCCGAGUACGCCGCCUUUUUCGCGGUCAUGGGCGCCUCGGCCGCCAUGGUCUUCAGCGCCCUGGGUGCCGCCUAUGGGACGGCCAAGAGCGGCACCGGCAUCGCAGCCAUGUCUGUCAUGCGGCCAGAGCUGAUCAUGAAGUCCAUCAUCCCUGUGGUCAUGGCGGGCAUCAUUGCCAUCUAUGGCCUGGUGGUGGCAGUCCUCAUCGCCAACUCCCUGACUGAAGGCAUCAGUCUCUACAAGAGUUUCCUUCAGCUGGGCGCUGGCCUGAGCGUGGGCCUGAGCGGGCUGGCAGCCGGCUUUGCCAUCGGCAUUGUGGGCGACGCAGGCGUGCGGGGCACCGCCCAGCAGCCCCGGCUCUUCGUGGGCAUGAUCCUGAUCCUCAUCUUCGCGGAAGUGCUCGGCCUCUACGGUCUCAUCGUCGCCCUCAUCCUCUCCACAAAGUAGCCCCUCCGGGCCCACCAGCCACAGAAUAGGAUGUAAAGACCACCCCCUCCUCAUUCCAGAACGAACAGCCUGACACACACGCACGGGGCCUCCGCCCCCCUCCCCCGUAGUUGGUCUUGUAAAUGCGCAGUAUCCUAGUGCCCAUCGUCUGUUGCCCCAGCCUUGUCCCUGCCCGCCCCGUGCCGUGGACGUCCGGGCCACCACUCACCCAUCCAGGCCCCCGACCAGUGAGGAUGCAGGCCUCCGGCCGCGCCCACCCAUCAGCCCUAGAGUGCUCUGUGUAUAAAGAUGAAUUAGAGGUGUCACUUUCUAUUCACUGGAUGUUUAUUUAUAAAGUUUUGACCUGUUCAUGCGUCUGUGGAGCAGCCCUCGUCUCCCAACUAUAUAGUCAUCCCAGGUAGACUGUUGCGUCGCGAGGUUAUUACCGUUUGCCCUGAGACUCGUGGGAUGGAACCACCCUCCUGCCGCCCGGCUGCCCGGGGCCGCGGGGCCGUCCUCCGGGCCCACCGGGCCCUGGCGCUGAACUGUGUUCAAUAAAGUUCUCGGAUGUGA